AACUAGGAUUAAUGGGUGAGGAUUUAUAGCUCAAUAUGCAGAAACAAUUCCUUCAAAUUAGAACUGCUUUGCAAUGGAAGGAUUUCUUCCUACAAUGGGGCAUUCUUAUCAAUGGAAGCAUUCAAUGACCACUUACAUGGAAGCUGUUUAUUAUUAGGAUGGGAAUUGGACUGAAUAACCCCUAAUAUGCCUUUCAACAUUGAAUUUUAUAACUUUAUAGGUUAUCUCUUCACAUCAAAUAUCCGUGGUCCCAUUUCAAAAAAAGCACAAAAAGCAUGAAUCUGAGCAACCAGACCUGGGUGACAGAAUUCUUCUUCUUGGGAUUUUCUGAUGAUCCUCAAACUCAGCUUCUACUCUUCAUAUCAUUCCUGAUUAUCUAUUUUGUUACUGCACUUGGAAACCUGCUUCUCAUCAUCCUGGUUCUGGCUGACUCAAAGCUGCACACACCCAUGUACUUCUUUCUCUGCAACUUAUCUGUGGCUGACCUCUGCUUCUCUACCAGCAUUGUUCCCCAAGCACUAGUCCAUAUGUUGACCAGGAGAAAGAUAAUUUCCUUCAUGGGCUGUGCAACUCAGCUUUUUCUAUUCCUCAUUUUUGGAUGUACAGGCUGUGCACUGUUAUCUGUGAUGUCUUACGAUAGAUACUUGGCAAUCUGUGACCCCAUGCAUUACCCUCUCAUCAUGACAAAAAAGGUUUGUGUUCAGUUAGCCUUGGGGUGCUGGGUUAGUGGGGUGGUAGUGUCAAUAGUGGACACGACAUUCACACUGCAAGUUCCCUAUAGAGGAGAAAACAAGAUUUCACAUUUCUUUUGUGAGGCUCCAGCCCUCUUGGCUCUGGGAUCUGCAGACACUCAUAGAGCAGAGAAAGUAAUUUUCAUCAUGGGUGUUGUGAUUCUUCUUGCACCUGUUUCCCUGAUCCUGGUUUCCUAUGGCUCUAUUAUAGUGACUGUGGUUAGGAUAAAGACAACAUCAGGGAGACUCAAGGCAUUCUCCACUUGUGGCUCCCAUCUCCUUGUGGUUACCAUUUUUUAUGUAUCAGCAAUUAUGACCUAUAUGACACCUAAGUCCUCUAAGGAGCAAGGGAAACUUGUGUCAGUAUUCUAUGCUGUGAUAGCUCCCAUGCUUAACCCCCUCAUCUAUAGCCUGAGGAACAAGGAAGUGAAGAGAGCACUCAGAAACACCAUCACCAAAGGACAAAUUUGCAAACUUUGA